AUGACUCAACUGAAGAACAACUCUGGUGUGACCCCAGCGGGGCAGUGUGGGGCCUGGGUAAAGGAGCCUGAAGGAGGCUACUUCACCUCGCCAAACUACCCUCAGAAAUACCCAGCUGAGAGGGAGUGUGUGUACAUCAUCGAAGCCUCUCCACGACAGUGCAUCGACUUAUUCUUUGAUGAAAGGUACUCCAUCGAGCCGUCCUGGGAGUGCAAGUUUGACCACAUCGAGGUCCGCGAUGGGCCCUUUGGUUUCUCACCCAUCAUUGGUCGCUACUGCGGGCAGGAGAGUCCGGCUUACGUCCGCUCCAGUGGGCGGUACCUUUACAUCAAGUUUGUUGCUGAUAGUGAGCUGGAGGACAUCGGUUUCUCUGCUCGGUACAACUUCACACAAGAUCCAGAGUUCAAAGAUCUCGGGGAACUGCCGGCUCUUCCAUAUUGCGAGUUUGACUUGAGUGGUCCAGAAGGCUAUGUGGAGUCUGCUCAGAUAGCAGCAGAGAGCCGGGCGCUGCAGACUGAGGCCGUGGACUGCAGGUGGUACAUCAAGGCUCCACCAAGAUCUAGGGUCUACAUGCGUUUCCUGGAGUACGAGAUGCACAACUCCAAUGAGUGCAAGCGCAACUUCGUCGCCAUCUACGACGGCAGCAGUUCGGUCGAACACCUGAAGAAUAAGUUCUGCUCCACGGUGGCCAACGAUGUCAUGCUGACGUCCUCUGUGGGGGUGGUGAGACUGUGGGCGGACGAGGGAAGCAGGAAGAGCAAGUUCAGGAUCCUCUUCACCACCUUCCAUGAACCUCCGUGUGAUCAAGACACUUUCUUUUGCCACAGCAACAUGUGCAUCAACCACACCCUGGUCUGCAACGGCAUCCAGAACUGUGUUUACCCGUGGGACGAGAACCAUUGCAAAGAAAAGAGGAAGGCCAGCAUCCUGGACACACUGGACCACACCAACCUCACUAUCAUCGGAGUGACCUGUGGCCUCGUUGUCAUCCUGCUCGUCAUCUCAGUCGUUAUCCAGGUCAAACAGCCUCGCAAGAAAUACAUCAUCCGCAGAGAUGACUUUGACCCAGCACUCCUCCACCCUGGCUUCGAGCCUCCUCAUUACGAGCUCUGCACUCUGCGCCGCGCCCCGUCUGGUGAACUCACUGAUGCCGCCCUGGCCGACGACUACGAGAAGUUCCACAAGCUCCGUCGCUCCUCCUCCAAAUGUAUCCGCGACCAUCACUGUGGCUCCCAGGCGGGGAGCAUGCACGGCAGCGUUCAUGGUAGCCGCAGUAAUCUGAGUGUGCGAGACGGUGUCAACGCAGCUGAUGGGGGGGCUCUUGUACCACCCCCGCUGCCGCCAAUGAUGGGGAGCCAGCAGUCUCCACACCUUUCCCACCUCACCACACCUGCAGGGCACCGGAGCAUCCUGGUGAUAAAGCAUAGCUACUCUCAGGACGGGGCAGAGGGGUACAGAGGGGAGGAGGAGGAAGAUUUGAUGAUGGAUGACGGACCCACCACCAGCCAGCACCUCAUGCACCAUCAUCAGAUCCACCAUGACCCGCUGGGGCUGGACCACGCCGUCCACCGUACGCUGUCUAAUGACUUCUGACAACGUGCAAAAAAAGAAGCCAUCAUCACAGUUGGACCUUUGAGUAAGGUUACAAGUUACAUUUAUGCAAAUGAGUGAUGGUUAAACAGCUCUUCUCAGAAGGUUUUCAGAAGCUGCAGAAGAAGUGAAAAAUUUUCUAGUUGUUCGUAUUUAAAGAUCGGCUGCUCUGGUAAUGCACUCUUAGGUAACCUUUCUGCGUUCUAACCUCUCUCCAUUUUUCAAAAGCA